AUGUUUAUGUUAUGGAAAGCAGUAGCUUUUAACUUAUUUAUAGACCUACAAGAAUUUACACAGAAAAAUUUAAUCAAUAAUGUCAAACAAACUAAUGAAGAUAUGGUGUUACAGACAUCAGAAGGAGGAACAGUAGCCAUUAAAAAAUGA